GGCUAGACACAGUGCCUUCCUCCCCUGCUUUGCUGCUUGUGGUUACUAGCUGACAGCAAUCACCUCCAUCCCACACUCUGGAAUCAGCCAAAUCCUUCCCACCUGGCUCUGGAGGAGGGACACCAAGGCGGGCAAGCAGGGUUCACAUACCCAGUCCAGGUGGUGCUGGAAAGCAGAUGGGAACCCUUUGGAGAACAACUUUCUUGCUCCUGGUGCAGGGACUGCAGAGUAUGUGGACUGGUGCCCGGGCUAAAAACCGUAGCUGCGUCUCCUAUGGAUCUAGCACUUUGACGGAGGGCAUGGAACACCUCCGGGGCUUGAUUUUGGAAGAUGGCCGGAAUGGCACCAUUCAGUGCCCCCACAAUCAGUGCUGUUUUGGUGUUUGGAAUGUGAUCCAGGGUCAGCUCCAGGCCCAGCUGAAAGGUUGCUGGAUUAGUGAAAAGAAAGCCACAUGUGACUCCCCAACUUGUGAGCCUCGAUACUCUGAGGAUGAGCUCACAUUGUCCUGCAGGUGCCGGGCGGAUAUGUGUAAUGAUAACAUCAGGCAUGAUGGGAAGAGAUCUGCUGACUCCAUGCAAAGUUCCACUGGGAUCAUCUGGAUCAUCUCAGUCUGCUCUGCUCUGUUCUUCCUUGGCUUCUUUGCAUUUCUAGUAGUUCUCAGACUGUGGAAAGGCCCUGCUUUGCCAAUGAGGCCACAAGAAACUGGGGAACUCACUAAUAUCACCACAGGAUCGGAGAGAUACAGCGAGAGGAAAUUGCCCAAGCAAGAGCUCCUGGAUCUCCAGUUCCAUAAGGUUCUUCAUGAGGGGCAGUGCUCUAAGGUAUGGCAGGGGACAUUCGGACAGCAUCCUGUAGCCAUUAAGACCUUUCCUCCUCCUUGCUACCGGGAGUUUGCCUCUGAGUGGGCUGUACACAGCCUCCCACUGAUGAGCCAUGACAAUGUGGUACGUCUUGUGGCUGCUGGGUGUGGUGGGCCAGACAAAGAACAAGGUGGUCUCCUGGUGUUGACCCUGUACCCAUUGGGGUCCUUGCGGCAUUUCCUCACUCAGCAUGUUUGCUCCUGGGAUGUUGCUCUCCGGCUAGGAUCAUCCCUCGCCAAAGGCCUUGCUUUCUUACAUGGGCAGCAAUGGAAGGAAGGUCUGUAUAAACCCGGGGUGGCACACCGAGACCUGAGCAGCCAGAAUGUGCUGGUUCAGGAGGACAGGACUUGCGUCAUCAGUGAUUUUGGUCUUGCCAUAACUUUGCCUGUGCGCCAUGAGCAAUGGAGGGGCCCCCCUGUAGAAGGCAUCAUCCGCAAGGCAGGGACCCCACGCUACACUGCUCCUGAGAUUCUGGAUGAGAGCUUGAAUCUGCAGGACUCGGGCUCAGCACUGAGGCAGGCAGAUGUCUACUCCAUGGCCCUGGUGUUGUGGGAAACCCUGAUGAGAUGCUCAAUACUCUUCCCAGAAAGCAGCACUCCUGAGUUCCAGCUGGCCUAUGAAGCAGAAUUGGGCAGCAACCCGACAUACAAUGAACUGAGGAGGCUGGCUGUUGAAGAAAGGGGGAGACCGGCCAUUCCACCUUCUUGGAGAAGGAUGGGACAGGUUUCUGUCUGCCUACAAGAACUUCUGGAGGACUGCUGGGACCCAGAGCCAGAAGCUCGCUUGCAAGCUCAAUGUGCCCAAGAUAGGCUGCAGAUGCUGGGUGCUGCAGAUGUCACAAAAGAGUGCUGUUGAGAUCCAAGUAUUAGCAUUCCACACAUUUUACUUGCCUGGACGUCAGGCGGAGGCUUCUUUUGCCUUUAGGGCAGGGCAACAGAGGCCCUUAGGGAAAGUCCUUCCAGGCGCAACUUUACUAUAGGAUCUAAUCUGAAUUCCAUCACAGUAGGAAGGAUGUGUCUCUUGGUCCUGUGAAGCCUAUGUGCCUCUGCCCACUUAAUCAACUUGAAGUAACACUGAGUAUAAACCUAGAGCUGCCAGCCUUUGGUUAGGAAAUACCUGGAGAUUUUGGGGGUGGAGCCUGAAGAGGGUGGGUUUGGGGAUGGGAGGGGCCUCAGCAAGGUACAAUGCCAUAGAGUCCAGCCUCCAAAACAGCCAUUUUUCUCCAGGGGAGCUGAUCUCUGUUACCUGGAGAUCAGUUGUAAAAACUGGAGAUCUCCAGGUCCUACCUGGAGGCUGGCAACCCUAUCACUGCUAGGGAUGUACAUUCCAGUGCAGCUGAUGAAGUCACCUCUGACUCCCCUGAGUUGAACUUUAUCAUUCCUAAAGAGCAUUUUCGUUAUAAAUUUGAAUGUGUACCGCUUAUUGUAUUUUUUAAUCUCAUUUGCUUAGAUACAUUGAAUUUACAAACAAUAAUUAUAAAAUAUACAAUUUUAUAUUGAUAAAAUACACAAUUUUUAGUUAA